GAUUUUUUUACGAGGACACGACUUCUGCUUCGAUUGCAUCGCUCUCCUAGGCAACCUCUUCGCGACGACCACUAGCCUACCUUCUCACAUCGCGUCAAGUGUCACAUCUUCUCCAAGCAAGAUGGUCUCCGAAGACCUUGCAAGGCUGAGCUGGCAGAGGGUGACCUUCGAUCACCUCGCAACCUUCUCGGGCUGGCUCGUGCCCUCGCGAGAGGAUCGUUACGAGCACUCUAUGUGGUCUUUGCUUUUUCAAACAACUCUGCCCAACCUGCUGCUCGUUCUGCACGCCCAUCUCUUCCUUCGCUACCCCGAAAGCCGAUCUCUAAGACUUAUUCUGAUGCCAAUCAUCGUGCUGACCGCUCUGCGCUGCGCCUUUGCGGGAAAGAUCAAUCCUUCCAAGUUCAAUCAGUACAACUUUAUGACGUCCGUAGCUGCCGUCUACACCAGUUGCAGAGCAAUAGUCUGGGCCUUUCCAAAGAAGGCCCCCCAAUGGACCGGCAAUAAUCGUCGUCUACCGCUCGCUGUCGAGUUGGUGAUUACGCAACGAGGUGCCUGUUGGGACUGGGGCAUACCAAAACCGCCCACAAAGCCUCAUCAAGAGUUCCUUUGGGACAGCUUCAACAUUUCAGCCACUGGGCUCAUCCUCUUUGACCUUCUUACCACCUUCAUCCAGCACCCCGCCGUGACACCUAAGAACGAGCUGAUGACAUUAGAGGAGCGCAGCAGCGGUGUCCUCGGCGACUAUCACCUGAUUGUGGUCACAUUCUGCAUAGGCGUUCUAGUCGGGUGCAUCCUCCAAACCUAUCACACUCUAUUGGCCUUGAUCUUCGUGGCCAUCUUUCCCAGCACCCAAGCGACAUGGGCUCCCAGGCCUCUGGAUGCUCCGUGGAAGUCGACUUCGUUGAGCGAGCUGUGGAGCAAGCGGUGGCACUCCUUCUUCAGGUACAUUUUCCUCAACCUUGCAUAUCGACCUACCAACGCCCUCCUGAAGCUGUUACGAGUACCAUCCAAGCCGCGACGAGCCGCUUCAGUCCUGGCCGUCUUUGUGCUUUCGGGCUUGAUCCACGAAGUAGCUCAAGAAGGUAUGGCCAUCCGAGCUCCAGCUGCCCUUUCCGACCCGGAAAAGGCUCUAUUUCAUUCUCGGCAAGGCUGGGGAGCAAGGAACUACACCAGCACCUGGUUCUUCACCAUGUCGGGCAUCGGCGUGCUCUUGGAAGACCUCUUCACCUCUCUCACCGGUAUCAAGGUCCAAGGCGUCUGGGGAAACAUCUGGACCCUGACUUUCAUUACGCUCACCGGAAUGCCGCUGGUAAAGGUCUGGCACGCGCAAGGUAUGGCUGCCGAAACCUCCGCAAUCGGCUUUACGAAGCCGCUGGUUGAUCGUGUCGUCGACUUGCUCAUCAAAUUGCAAGGAGAGUCUGUCUCGAAGGCUUGAGAGCUUCUUGCAUCUCUCUUUGCCCUGGCACGCCAGUCGCGCUCAGUCAGAUGCUCAGCACACUUGCAAGAAAUUCGCCUACAUCUCACUCCUUGAGGAGGUCCCGACCGCCUUCCGUCU